AUGGGUUUCGUCUACGUUAUCGAACAUAUGGAAGACGAUGACGAGAUAACUCGCGUCAUCCCGCCCUGGGCAACAUUGGAGUAUGCGCACAUGCGAAUGCUAGCAGGACCCAGUUCCCAAGUGCAUUUUACACAUUUAUCAAAAUCAUCCGCCGACGCGCUUUCUGCUUCGUUCAUGGACAACAGCGGCACCUUAGCUAAAGCGUCGUGUUUCCAAUCCGGAGUGAUGGACAGGAUCAAGGAUGUACUACCAAUCGAAAAAGUGUGCCUCUUGGAUCCCAAAGCAGAGAAGCAGCUAUCGCCGGAAGACGGAGAUGGACGGUUUGAGUGGUUUUUGUUCGGGGGAAUUCUCGGUGAUGAUCCUCCACGGGAUAGAACUGCUGAGCUACGAGACUUGGGGUUUCCCACACGACGACUGGGUCCCAUUCAAAUGACGACGGACACUGCCUUAGGUGUCACAAAACUAGUCGUGGAAGAUAAAAUUCCCAUCGAUAAGAUACCUUACAUCGACUACCCAACAAUCACAUUCAACGCUAAAGAAAGCGUCGAAAUGCCUUUCAGAUACAUUGCCGAAGGCUCAGAGCCAAAAUUACCAUCAGGAAUGCGGCAACUGUUACAUGAAGACCUCAACAAGAGCUUCGACUUCUGA